CAAAAAUCCCCGCCCCCCCUCCAAAAUCCCCUUCUCCAGCCGCCGGGCGGAGAUUUAGGUCGUAUUUGUAGGGAUACUUUCCUCCGCCCCCAGCAAUCGGCUCCAUGAGGAGCCCAAUCCGCCUCCGCACCUCCCCACGACCUCAGCCGCUUCGAGAUGGUUCCCCUUGCCGCCGCCGUUGGGGGCGGAGAACCUGCCUCACCCUCAGGUUCACGGGGAGAAGGGGUUCUUCCUGAUGGAGCAGGAGGUCGGCGCGCUAGAUUGCAGGACCGACCGAUCGACCAAUGCUGCUGCUGGCAGUCUCUGAGAUUUGGAUGUGCCGAGUUUCUCCAUCCAAGUGGAUAUUACCGAGGAGUCAUAUGACCAUCUAAUGGCAUUGCUAUCCAAGAGGAUGCGUGAUGUAUGUUCAUUGAUGCUCGGUGAGCAUCCUGUCACACCACCGCUCGUCGAUGGCAAGGACCUAUUCCACAUUGUUAAACUUUGCAAAGGAGCUGACGGUGUUGAGACACUGUACCGAGAGUCCGAUUUAUACUUCUCUGGUUUUCGGCCUGAAAAAGACCCAAAAUUUUACGUGUUCAACGAUGUGGAAAUUCCGGGCUGGAUUCCAUCCGAGAUUCUUCCCUAUGAUUCGGGCUAUCAUACAACUGUCGCGGACAUCAGCUUGGGGCCUCAUUGUUUCCCUGCAACUUUUAAGCAUCUGUUUAACUUCACUCCAAAAAAUUUCAGAACUCAAACUGCAGACAGACAAAAUGCAGUUCAUUGGUCAAUGGUCAAUCUUUCCGAAACCAGGCGAAUCAGAAGUAUGAAACGAAAGGUGAAACGACUCUUGAGGAGUGGCACUGUUGAUACUGUUGGAGCUUCAUUGGAUGAUAAAGUGCAUCGUUGGGGUCAUGAGAGUUCUGCCCUUUUCGCUGCUGCAAGUGAUGAUGUAAACUGGGAGCUUAUAGGAUGUGGCGAGGAUCUUAUUACACUCAAGUUCAACCGAGAUGCACUUCCAAUAAUAAUUGGGCGGCUGAAAAGAGCAGCAGAGGGAGCGGCUGCGACGCUCAAUGAGAUAACUAUUCUCAUCAAGACCUUUUUCUCCAUAGACUCUAACCAAGCUUGCAACUGGGAGCAGCUCCACUACUACAGCCAGCUCCCCAACUUCCAUGUUUAUCUAGUCUUUCUUCUCGCCCACGAAAAGGGCAUAUCUUUUGAACUAAGGCAAGCUGCUGGUCUAUUGCUGAAAAACAAUUUGCAAUUGGCUUUUAAUGCUAUGCCUCCUUCAUCCCAAAAGUACGUCAAGUAUGAAUUGUUGACUUGCAUUGGUACACGUCAUAAGCAAAUAAGAUCAACAGCUUGCACUGUUAUAAGUGUACUUCUUCAAAUUGUUGGGUUUGACAAAUGGGCUGACUUGUUUGAGACUCUGAGGCUGUGCUUUGAUAGUCAAGACCUGAACCAAAAGGAAGGUGCCGCAGAAACUAUCUACAUGAUAUGUGAGAACUUUCCUGAAGAUCCUAUUGUUGAUGCUGGUUUGCGCGAUCUACUAAUAUAUGACUUUGUGCCAAGACUCAUGCAGCUUUUUGAAAGUCCUCAUAUGAGUCUUAGAAGACUAUCUCUGCUUUGUGUGAACCAGUGCAUCUUGGUGGUUCCAUCUGAGGUUUUCAGGAAUCAAUUCCUUCAGGGCUUACUUGAAUUAUCGAAGCAAACUUCAACAAAUGUCAAAAAAUUGGUGUGUUCAUCAUGGGCUCUGCUUAUGGAACACCAGUUAAUUCCAGAGCUAUAUUUGGGAACUGCUAUUAAUUUCGUCCUGCUAGCUAACAAUGAGUUGGACGAAGAUCUUGCUCUGGAGGCCUGUAAAUUUUGGUCGUACUGUGAUUCCAGCAAAGGGUUGCAGGAGGUCUUGCCAGAAUUAAUCCCAACUUUGGUGCAAAACAUGGUUUAUACUGAUCUUGAUGAUUCUCUGGCUGAUAUUAAGGAAUAUGAAUCCAUUUCCAUCAGGGACCAGGAUCUGAAGCGCCGCUUCCAUGCGUCUCGAUUACAUAGAUUUGAAACUGGAAAGGAGAACGCUGAUGAUGAUGAUGAUGAUGCUGUAAAUGCUUGGAAUUUGCGGAAAUACAGCACUGAAGGGUUAGACCGUCUUUCUAAGGUUCUUAGGGACGACAUUCUUCCUAUUUUAAUGCCCUUGAUCAAGGAUAAGAUCGCUCAGACAGAUGAUGAUGGAUGGAAGGAUAGGGAAGUUGCUGUUCUAUGUAUUAAUACUAUAGCAGAGGGAUGCAUGACUGGAUUGUAUUCCCACACUCCGCAGAUUUUCCACAUGCUGAUCCGGUUACUUGAUGAUAAGUUUCCUCUUGUACGGAGAAUCACCUGUCAAACCAUUUCUCGAUAUAGCAAGUUCAUUGUUCAGAGCCGUGACCGUGAACAAUUUGCUAAGAUCAUCACGGGCCUGCUUAGAAGGACAUUAGAUACUAACAGAAAAGUUCAGGAGGCUGCACGUUCGGCCUUCCUGACGAUUGGGAAGGAUGCUGCAGAAUCAAAUGGAAUGGAAAUUAUUUUGGAGCAACUCAUCUUAGAACUUGGGAAACACCAGGCGCGAGACCUUUGGUUAAUUUCUGAGGCACUUUGCAGUCUUAUUGAUGUUGUUGGAGCAAUGGUAAACAAGGCAGAACAUCUGCACAUAUUUGUUCCUCUGUUGAUCAAGAAAUGGCAGCAACUUCAGAAAUCUAACAAAGAUAUCUUGCCCCUACUUGAAUGCUUUACAUCUAUCGCACAGGCAGCGGGAUCAGGAUUUUUUCAGUUUGCUAAGCCAGUGUUUCAGAACUGCCUAGAUCUUAUCAAGUUCUGGCAGUUGGCAAAUGCUGAUCGUGCCGCACCUCAUGCGUCAGACGAUGAGGAUUUCGUCGUCUACUCAUUGGACCUUUUGUUAGUACUUGCAGAAGCACUUGGUGCUGAUACUGAAAGCCUGGUCGCGCAAAGUGAUUUGAUCGAUCUCAUUAUGCGAUGCUGCAAGGAUGAAGUAGCUGGUAUUCGACAAAGUGCUCUGGCCCUUCUGGGCGGAAUUUCUAUGGUUUGCCAUACACAUGUACUUCCAAGAUUUGAAGAGUUCCUUGAAGUUGCAGCAGAGCAACUGAUAAUGCAAUCCGUGAAGGCUGCACCAUCUGUAGCAAACAGUGCAUGCUGGAUCAUCGGGGAACUGGCAAUGAAGUUCGGCCAAGAAACUUCAUCACCAGUGGUGACCACCAUUCUAUCAUGUCUGCUUCCUAUUCUAAGGUCUUCAGAGGGACUCGACAAUAUAGUUGUUGGAAAUACAGCGAUAACUCUUGGAAGGCUUUCGUUGGUCUGGCCAAUGACCGUGUCAACUCAUCUUAAACGGUCUAUGCAAGCAUGGUGCAAUGCCUUGUGCAUGGCAAGAGGUGAUUUAGAAAAAGAAGACGGUUUUUCUGGUCUGUGCGAAAUGGUGGAAGCAAACCUAUCAAGGGCUGUGGGUUCACUGGCUCAUGUGUGCAGAGCCUUUGCAAGCCUAAAGGAUAUACAAAGUGAAGCCCUUCCCAGUAAAGUGCGCGGUGUGCUGAACAAUCUAAAACAGAGUGCUGGUGAUGCUCGCUGGGAGCAAUGCAUGUCCACUCUAGAUCCAUCGGAGGUGCAGAGGCUAGCGAGUCUGAUGGCGGAGACCGAGCCGCAAUGAAUGGCAGCACUGCAAUUUUGUAUACACCUGUAGAAUAGGUAGGGGGAAGAGCAUGUGGUAGUUUAAGCAACCGGAGUUGGAGAAGACGAACAUCCAUCCAUCCGUGGCUCCUUCCAUUUAGGGGCUAGUCAAAUUUUGAUCCAAGUGACCUAAAUUUUGAUCCAGUCAUACUAAAUUACUCCGUCAGACCACUGUAACAACGUGCAUCUCACAGAAGAAGACUGCCAAUUAAACAAACAAACUGGAAAUUCCUUU